GGCCACACGUGUAGAAAAACAUAUUAUUGGUAAGGAGGAUCUAUUUGUGCAAAAAUGAAAACACCAAAGGCCAAAGAAUCAGACAAAGCUGAAUUAAAGCCGAUUAAAAAAGAGCCCGGCGUUGUGGAGGAUGGUAAAGUUACCAAGAAAUCGAAAGCAAAGCCCAAAAAGAAGGCAGUUAAAGUGCCAAAAGAUGAAGUAAAAGCCGCUGUACAAGACAGUCCCAAAAAAUUGUCCGAGAAGGACUUGGCCAAGAUCGAAAAAAAGAAGGCCAAGAAGCAGGCACAGAAGCUGAAGAAGCAACAGAAUAAACUGGAACCCAAGGAGAUCAAGAAGGAAUCAGAAGUCCCGGGCAAAGUUGAGGGUAAGGCCAUCAAAAAGGAAAAGGUAGAAAACAAACCAACGACUGUCCCAAAGGCUAAAGGAAAAGUGACUAAGAAAGCCAAAGCCAACAACAAGAAUGAAGAAGGAGUUAAGUGGGAGCGCAAUCCUGCAGACGAGGCGUCCACCGUUUUCAUAGGCAAUCUGCCCAUUAACACCAAACGCGUCCAGCUGGUGAAAUUGCUCCAGCCCUAUGGGUCGGUUCAGUCCAUCCGGCUGCGCACCGCCGGUGGCAAGCAGCUUUUCAAGCACAAGCAGCGCAAGGGAGCCGGCUCCCUAAACGCCUACGUGGUGCUCCAGAACCCCGAGAUUGCCCAGCAAGCGCUGGCUCUGAAUGGCACCGAGUUCAAGGAAAAUCACCUGCGGGUUACUCCUGCGGCUAAGGCGGAGGGUUUUGGCCAGGGAAUCGAUCAGCCCAGUGACAAGGAUGCCAAGCGGACCAUUUUCGUGGGCAGCCUCAAAUACUCGGCCACCGAGGAGCAGCUGCGCGAAAUCUUCUCCAGCUGCGGCGAGAUAGACUACAUACGCUGCCUACAGGAUGGCGACAAGGGCUGCAAAGGAGUAGCAUACGUCUGUUUCCAAAAGCCCGAUGCUGUGGGACUAGCGCUUGAACUGAAUCAGACGCUUCUGGACGACAGGCCUAUCAACGUGGAGCGCUAUCAAGUCAAAAAACUGGGUGCCAAACAAGUACGCGACGCUGCCGCCGCCUCCGCAGCAUCCAAAACGUCCUCAAAGACCAAGGCUAAGAACCAAAAUUCGGCAGGCGCAAAAAAACGGCUUGACAAGAAGAAGGGCAAGGAGAACGGUAGUACAAAAAAAGAAGGAGCAACUCCUGGUCCAAAAAAGAAGUCGGAGUACCGGGGGGUCAAAGUGGACGGCAUCAAGAAGGCCAAAAAGCCUAAAAAGAAGAGCAACGAUCAACAAACCGCUCUUGCCAAAAAAAUAGCACCCAAACAAAAGAGUUAAUAUACAUUUAGACUAGGCAUAGGUUUUAAAUAAGUUGCAAUUCAAUCCAAUGAGAUUCAUUCGACUUUCUUUUACGAAGUUGACCACUGGAUCAGUUUCUGUACAGGACACCAGAUUGAUUAUGUUGACUAAGUAAUCGUUGAAAGAUUACUCAGAGAACGACUUUAAAAUAAAAUGCGAUAUUUUAAA